UGUAUCCGGUGAGAAAUGUGUUAUGUCGGUUGAACAUAUUGUGUUUUUGCAAGGUUUUUGUUCAACUGUUUCUAGCCUGUACCUCAAGACUGUGUUUACGGUGGUCGACACGAGGCAACCCUAAGGGUUCCGAGAGGCACUGUACGAGACGGAAUGACUGAAUGGACACACGGCUUGGCCAGGCAUGGAACAACCUGAAACUUCAGUACUGACAGAGAAACAGGAAAGAUUUGCGCUGUCAGGCAAGAAGAAUAAGAAGAGGGACAGACAUGGCCACACUGUGAUUGCUUCACCAUAUGAUCCUUAUUGGCCGGUGCUGGCAGAAGAUGCUGAAGUGGAGUUGAACCAGCUGCUGUUAAGCGUCUUACAUCCAGUCAGGAGACCUGUCAGUAAAGUGAACUGGUCUGAGUUGAGGAAGGUGCCACUUAAGCAGCGUCGGGAGGUGAGGCAGAAGUUGCAGCAGGAAUCCAAUGCUGACUUCUCGUCUGACCGCAGUGAGGAACUGAGACGGUGUAUGUUCCUGGGUGUGAAUUCUGUGACACGUGGUCUGGAGUCUGCAUCAGUUGGCUUUGUAUUGCUUGCACAAGAUGCGGACCCCAAAAUACUUGUAAGCCACAUCCCCACCAUGUGUGCCAUGCAGGGUGUCCCCAUCCUCAUCAUGCCUUCUCUGCGAUCGAUUGUCAAUACUGCCCUUGGUUUCUCCUGUAUAGCUCUUGGUGUCAAAAGAUCUGCUGUGGAGUCAGAGGGCAGCCAUUUCCACAUGCUGUUCAAGGCAGUAUCUGAACAGUGCAACAAGAUUCCUGUGCCAGACCCCUUGCCUGCCUUCUGUUAUGCUGUACUGCAUGGCCCAAGUGAUGAUGAAGCAGAGCAACCAUCAGUGCCACAGCCCACUCAAGUGAAAGUCAGCACAGAUAUCUACAAAUACCGCAGUUCCAAGAAGACGCGAGCCUUUGUUCCUGAAUUGCCACCUGAACCUCAGCCAUCUGCAGACUACCUGUCCCUGGAUAUAUCUACCACCUCCAACAAAGCAACAUGCAGUAGUUCUGUCAGGAAGUUGUCAGAUGAACCACUGGCUGUGCAGGACAAAGAAGAGGUCAAAGGCACUCAGACGAAAUGUAAGCAAGUGGAGUUUCAUUAUCAGCCAUUGAGACUGAAGCAAACAAUACCCAAUCCCAAGAAGAUAAGGAAGAAGAAGCUCAAGAAAAUGAGAAAGUAACCUGAUGCCUUUGGUCGGAUAAAAUUCCAUGACAAUUUCCCCCCCCCCCUAAAAUUUGUCAUUAAUCCUCUCUGUCCUGGGUUCUGGUUGUGCUUUAUGCCUGACCAGCCAGUAGACUGAUAUGUCACUAUAAUUGAUCCUUUAUUAUCCUUUUUAUUACCAAUCGCAUUCCUGCUAACUACAGAUUAAUUUGGUAUGAAAAAAUAUAAAAAGUCCUACCUCCUGCUGUUGAUAUGUGCAGACUGCUAGAAGAGAUGUCAAAGCAUGUAAAGAACGAAGGUAUAAUACUCAGUACACACUCAUAACAUGAUGUAAAUUUGUAAAGUUUCUGGCAAAAGGCCUGAUGGUUGGUUGGUACAGGAGUGUUAUGAUGUCUGAAGUUUUCUGAUAGAGGAGAAGAAUGGUUUAAUGUUCUCAGACUCACUGGGUUCGGUUUGGUUCUUGUGUGUGACCACCAGAAUUAAAAUUAAAAUACCUGUAGGUGAGAUGAAAAACUGCAAAUCACACCUUCCAUGUGUAAGAGGCAGUGUGGAGAGGGCUACCAAGGCAGGAGGAUAUUUUGAACGUCAUUUGAUUGGUGGAGGUUGGGGCAGUUAAUAAAAACAUUACAUUUUAUCCUGUGAUACCUUUGUUCCCUGUAUCACAAAAUCCAAUUUUGUAAUUGUUUUCACAUUGAAACCAUUUUAGGAUCGGGUGUGGAAGAGACAGAAUUGAACGAGUACACCCCUGAGGGAAGUUACGACAUUUAUUUCUUGAGAUCUGGUAGCCCGACUGAUCUUGUUACAUACGAAUUGUAGAGAUUACAUAAUUUUGUGCACAAUUUCUCCAAUAUCUGAAACCGAAACAUAAUCCCAGGGCACCUUCUAAAACAUGGAAUAAUCUUUUACAUACAGUGUGCCACAAUUCCAUACAGAUGUUGGGAGUUUUCUUUGGUGCUGGAGGGAGGUGAAGGGUCAGCUUCAAGCUCCAUCUACUUGUACCCAUUGGAUAACACAUAUAUAUGUAUAAAGGGUCAUCAUAGUUGUUUCACAUGACUAAUUAAUUCCAUGGAGCAUGGUCUCUGAGAUGCUGUAAUUCGGCUGGGUAAGAAAUUCCUCGCUAACCCUAAGUUUCAGUACCAUGUUCACUAGAACCUAUCACUGGAUUAUAUCCUGAUCCAGCUGAACCUAGUCCGUAUCCUCAUUCCCUUUGUCUUCAAUAUUGUCUUCCCAUUUAUGUAUAGGCCCUCCAAGCAGUCUCUUCCCUUUAGGUUUUGUUGCUGCAGGAUGCACCUUCUUGUUGCUAAGAUAUGAACACCACAGUCUCACUGAGCACAUGAGUUUGUUAAUAAAGGAAGCUUGAGUGUUAGCGUUUGGAAAGCCACAAUGCCUCUUGGUGUUAAUCCCCUGACCUUGUUUCCCUGCAGGUUUGGCAGUUCAGUAAUUUCUUUCAUAAUAGACAGACAAUGGAAUAACAGGUAUUAAAAAUACUUGUCGGAAUGAAGAGAUUUGUGUCUUUUGGGCUCAUGUAUGCUGGCAGAUAUGUACUAGUAAUUCAGAGGAACCUGCUACUUGCAUCUUUAUGGUACCCCCACCUAGGUGGAUAAUAUCCCAGAAGACAGUAAUCCUUGUAGUCAGUAUUGUGAGAGCCCCAAAUCUCAAUUUUUAAUGUAACUUUUGUAACCUGCAGAAUAUUGACUGGUACCCUUAUCCUAAGGCUGACAAUAAAUAGCUGUUCCUCACAACUUUGCAGAAACUUUCUGGUGCUCUUAGAAAUGUGUUCUGUCGAUGCAUACUCAGUAUAGAGACUAUUUUUAUUAGAUAAAAUGGUUGCCAGAAAUUUGAUACUUG